AUGCCCGCUGUAUAUCCCCGGAUAUUGAUAGACCGGCUUUGUUCUGCUUCCAGGGAAGUUUUGGGCGAUGCAGACGAAGAUUUGGUGCGGUUCGUCAUCAGUUUGUAUGAACUGGCGACAGACAAGACGGAUUUUGCCGCCAGGCUUGCAGAGAUGGGCGGAGAAUUUCCAGCGGAGUUUGUGGACCGCUGUGAUAUUCUUAUUAACGAGCAUCACCCCGAUUUUGCAGCUGUCAAGGUGGAAGACAUAGACGCCAAGGUCCUCAGUGCGCUCUCGCUUCCGAAUCGAAGUGAUAGAACAAAGAGGGAAGAUGUGAAAAGGGAGGGAGUUAUGAUUAUCAAAAAGGAAGAACCUAAAGAGGUUUAUGGUUCGGACUCUCUCGACCCGGACCCUGUUCUCGACCACAUCUACUCCGGUGUGGUGUCGAACUUGACUGACUUUGGUGCGUUUAUCCGCAUUCGUGUCAAACACCCGGUGGACGGACUCUGCCACAUUUCCGCUCUUGCCAAUCGGCGCAUCGAACAUCCGUCUGAGGUGCUCACGCGCAACCAGCAGGUGUAUGUCAAGGUGGUCAAGAUAGACGGGCGGAAGUACGGCCUUAGCAUGAAGAAUAUCAACCAAGAUACCGGGGAGGAAGAGGCGCCGCGGGGCCGGUUCGAAGAGGUGGUCAGGCCCAAAAGACGCCUCACAUCGCCUGAGCGCUGGGAGCUCCGCCAGCUCAUCGCGUCCGGUGCCGUGAACGCAGCGGACCACCCAGAGCUCGUGGAAGAUGUAAACGCUGCGUUUGCGGAGGAAAUGGAGGAACCGGACCAGGAGGAGGUGCAUAUUGAAUUGAACAAAAGGGAGCCAGCGUUUCUCGCGGGCCAGACCAAAGAAAGCUUGCAUUUAGACCCCAUCCGGGUAGUCAAGAACCCCGAGGGGUCAAUGAGCCGCGCGGCGAUGAACGGCUCGGUUUUGGCGAAGGAGCGCAGAGAUAAAAGGAUCCAGGAUGCCAAGGACGAGGCCAAGGAGAAGGCGCGCGAUGAUCCGUUAGUUAAAAUCCAAGCGAAAGAAACAGCUAAUAUGACGGCGGCGCAGGAGUGGCGGCGCAAGCAGGCCACAGCGUCGUACGGGAAGCGAACGGACCUCCCGAUGCAGGAGCAGCGCCGUGGACUUCCUGUGUACAAGAUGCGGGAGGAGCUCCUUGCAGUGGUGCGGGCGAACCAGUUCUUGGUCAUUGUGGGGGAGACAGGAUCCGGAAAGACCACCCAGAUUACGCAGUAUCUUGCAGAGGAGGGGUUCGGCGACACAGGCAUCAUCGCGUGUACGCAACCCAGACGUGUGGCUGCGGUUUCUGUGGCGAAACGUGUGGCAGAAGAGGUUGGGUGCAAGGUGGGGGCCGAGGUGGGGUACUCCGUCCGGUUUGAAAACGAGACGUCGGAAGCGACCAAGAUCAAAUACAUGACUGACGGUAUGCUCCAGCAAGAAGCGAUCGUUGACCCCAACAUGUCGCGCUACAGCGUGGUCAUGUUGGACGAGGCGCACGAGCGGACUAUCGCCACGGAUGUGUUGUUUGCGUUGUUGAAGGAUGCGUGCGCCAGACGGCCGGACCUCAAAAUCAUUGUCACAUCAGCAACGUUAGAUUCGGACAAGUUUUCAAAGUACUUCAACGACUGCCCGGUGGUGACGAUUCCUGGACGGACGUUUCCGGUGGAAGUCAUGUACACACGUGAGCCAGAGGCGGAUUACUUGCAGAGUACGAUUGACGCGGUGAUGCAAAUCCACAUGUUUGAGCCGGUGGGUGAUAUCUUGGUGUUUUUAACCGGCCAGGAGGAGAUCGAGGCGUCGUGUGAGACGUUGUACGAGCGAGUCAAGGCGCUAGGUAGCUCCGCCCCGGAGUUGAUCAUCCUCCCGGUGUACUCUGCUCUCUCGUCAGAGAUGCAGAGCAAAAUCUUUGAGGAGACGCCUUCCGGCGCGCGUAAGGUGGUCUUGGCCACCAACAUUGCGGAAACGUCCAUUACCAUCGACGGGAUCUUCUACGUGGUGGACCCCGGGUUUGUGAAAAUCAACGCGUACGAUGCAAAGCUCGGAAUGGACUCGUUAGUGGUGUCACCGAUUUCACAGGCGCAGGCCAACCAGCGCGCCGGGAGAGCCGGUAGAACGGGCCCGGGGAAGUGCUACCGCCUCUACACCGAGAGUGCGUUCAAGCGCGAGAUGCUCCCCAACACGGUACCCGAGAUCCAGCGCACGAACCUCACGUACAUGAUUCUCAUGUUGAAGGUCAUGGGCAUUAACGACCUCCUCCACUUUGAGUUCAUGGAUCCGCCGCCCGCUAGCGCGAUGAUCAUGGCAUUAGAAGAGCUCUUCCGCAUCUCCGCGCUUGACGAUGAUGGGUUCUUAACCCCGCUCGGGCGCAAAAUGGCGGACUUCCCCAUGGAGCCGACACUUGCCAAGACGCUCAUAGCGAGUGUAGAGCACGGAUGCUCCGAGGAGAUUCUCUCCAUUGUGUCGCUCCUCUCUGUCCAGACUAUCUUCUACCGCCCUAAAGACAAACAGGAGCAAGCGGAUAAGAAGAAGGCGCGUUUCCACCACCCGCACGGGGACCAUCUUACGUUUCUCAACGUGUACAACGCGUAUCUCCAGAACGGCUGUACGCGCACGUGGUGCCAGGACAAUUUCAUCCAGGAUAGAAGUAUGAAGCGGGUUUUGGAAGUUCGGAGACAGUUGGUUGCCAUCAUGAAGCGGUCGAGACACGAGCUUAUCAGCUGUGGUGCCAGAACUGAUAGCGUCCGAAAGGCGCUUGUGGCGGGCUUCUUUAAGAACACCGCUAAAAAGUCACCCACUGAUCCGUUCUACCAGACCUUAGCCGAGAACACGCCUGUUUACAUGCACCCAUCGUCAGCCUUGUUUGGAAAAACUAGCUCCAGUAACGGCCAGUACGUGCUCUACCACACGCUCUUGUUAACCACCAAGGAGUACAUGCACUGCGUCACGGUAAUUGACCCUAAGUGGUUGGUCGCAUUGGCGCCGACAUUCUUCAAGGUGGCGGAAUCUAAUACCAAAAAGCAGAAAAUUGUGCCGUUAUUCAACCGGCAUGAGAAGGACCAGGAUGCCUGGCGGUUGAGUCGCGGUAGGGGAACUGCCGAGGGGCAGUAG